ACUUAGCAAUGGAAACUUGUUUGGUUAGAUGCUCGCAUGGAGGAAGUACUCUUUUCAGAGCCCUCAAACCUCCUCUCAGUAUGAAGCUUCCCAACUCCCUUUCCUUCAUGGCUAUCCACACUGAUGGAGGGAGGUCGAUUAAGAGAGCAUACGAUGCAUUGUUGUUGGAUGCGGGAGGUACCCUUUUGCAGUUGGCAAAGCCUGUCGGAGAGACUUACGCCACCAUCGGCAGUAAAUACGGUUUGUCUGCAACAUCAGCUGAAAUAAAGCAAGGAUUUAAGAGAGCUUUUGCUGCUCCGUGGCCUGAGAAGCUCCGCUACCAGGGAGAUGGGAGGCCAUUUUGGAAAUUGGUUGUUUCUGAAGCCACUGGUUGUGCUGAUGAUGAUUAUUUUGAAGAAGUUUAUGAGUACUAUGCAAAAGGUGAUGCAUGGCGUCUUCCAGAUGGAGCUUAUGAAACAAUAGCCCUUCUCAAGGAUGCUGGAGGUCAUAUUCCUAAAGUGUUCUCCAUUGCUAGUGCUUAUGGAGUCUAUUGUUUUCGAUUUUUUUCUUGUUAUUUCUUUAUUUCUAACAUGAUUGCCUGUGACACAGUUAAGGUGGCUGUUGUGUCCAAUUUUGACACCCGCCUUAGGAAGUUGUUGAAGGACCUCAAUGUUUUAGAUCUGUUUGAUGCUGUUAUCAUAUCUUCAGAGGUUGGAUAUGAAAAACCAGACAUAAAGAUAUUUAAAGCUGCUUUAGAUCAAGUCCAUGUUGAGGCUGGCAAAACAGUACACGUUGGAGAUGAUCAAAAGGCAGAUAAAGUGGGGGCCAAUUCCAUUGGAAUUGAAUGCUGGUUAUGGGGAGUUGAUAUAAAGACAUUCUCUGACAUAGGAAGCCGCAUCCUCAUUUCUGAGUCGUAGCUUCCACGGAUUUAAGUACCAUACUGCAUAUUUUCUUGCAAGUAAUUUAAGUUUCUUCAAUCCUCUUUUGUUCAUCGUCUUUCUGCAUGGCAACUGGCUUUUUGAACUCUUCAGUACUUCCUAUUUUAACAUUUGCAUUGCUUUAUCAAAAAUUGUGGACCUGACCUGACCUGAAUGUUUAGUAAUAUGUUGCAGGAGUGGUGGUGUGAUAACAACUUAACAAAUUGGAUAUAUUUUUAAGGAAUAAUUUGGAAACUUUUCUCUUGAACAAGCUUGUUGUAUAAUCCCCCUACUAUUAUUAGAUUUGCGGAUACACACAAUGCAGAUUUUUGUUGAGUUUGGAUUUGAUGGAUUACAUUGCUGACA